AUGACACUUACAGAGUCAAAUGCAUUUGUUUCGAUGUCAUCAAGUGCUGAUCAAGAUUAUCCACCAAGUAAUAUUCUUGAUCCAAGUGAAAAUGUAUUUUGGAUGACAACAGGUUUAUAUCCUCAAGAAUUUAUUCUUACAUUCAAAGAAUCAAUUGAUGUACGUGAAUUACGUUUUGUUACUAGUAAUGUUAAACGAUUUGUUAUGUUUUCAACUAGUAAUCAAGAUCCGAAGAAUUUUGAAACUAUUCUUGAAAAAACAUUAUCAAAUAAUGAGAAUAAUCUUCAAGUAACUUCUCAUACAUUAGAUCGAUCACUUGAAGUUCGUCAUUUCAAAUGUGUUAUCUUAGCUGGUUAUGAUAGUUUUGCAAGUGUACAUUCGCUUAAAUUUGAUGGAGGAAAUACUCGCAUGGGAAAAAAACAUUAA